AGCCCCUAGUCUGCACUUUGCUUGCUGGGCUGCUGAGUCGGCCAGAGUCUGAGUUCCGCCGCCUGCCCGCCGGCGCCGCUCCCUCGCCCCCUCCCCCGAUCCCUCCCCCAGUCGCAGUCUUGUGGCAGUGUCUGGCCGGAGGCCCGCGGGCGGGCCGCCCUCCCCGCGGUAGCCCACCCCCCCUCUUAAAGCGGCGGCGGGAAGAUGAGGUUUCGGGAGCCGCUCUUGGGCGGCAGCGCCGCGAUGCCGGGCGCGUCCCUGCAACGGGCCUGCCGCCUGCUCGUGGCUGUCUGCGCGCUGCAUCUUGGCGUCACCCUCGUCUACUACCUGGUCGGCCGCGACCUGAGCCGCUUGCCUCAGCUGGUCGGAGUCCCCACACCGCUGCAGGGCAGCUCUAACGGCGCCGCCGCCAUCGGGCAGCCCUCGGGGGAGCUCCAGCCCCGAGGGGCCGCACCGCCACUGCCUUCGCGCACCUCUUCCAAGCCGCGCUUGGGUGGCGCCUCCAACCCCGACGCGGACUCUCGCCCCGGCCCCGGCCCCGGCCUCGGGAGCAACUUGACUUCGGCCCCAGUGCCCCCCGCCACAGCACUGUCGCUGCCCGCAUGCCCUGAGGAGUCCCCGCUGCUCGUUGGCCCCAUGCUGAUUGAGUUUAACAAAGCUGUGGACCUGAAGCUUGUGGAGGAGCAGAACCCGAAGGUGAAGGUGGGUGGUCGCUAUACCCCCAAGGACUGCAUCUCUCCUCACAAGGUGGCCAUCAUCAUUCCGUUCCGCAACCGGCAGGAACACCUCAAGUACUGGCUGUAUUAUUUGCACCCAAUCCUACAGCGUCAGCAGUUGGACUAUGGCAUCUAUGUUAUCAACCAGGCUGGAGAAUCCAUGUUCAACCGUGCGAAGCUCCUCAACGUUGGCUUUAAAGAGGCCUUGAAGGACUAUGGCUACAACUGCUUUGUGUUUAGUGACGUGGACCUCAUUCCAAUGAACGACCAUAACACCUACAGGUGUUUUUCACAGCCACGGCACAUUUCUGUAGCAAUGGAUAAGUUUGGAUUUAGCCUACCUUAUGUGCAGUAUUUUGGAGGUGUCUCUGCUCUAAGUAAACAACAGUUUCUCACCAUCAAUGGAUUUCCUAAUAACUACUGGGGCUGGGGAGGUGAAGAUGAUGACAUUUUUAACAGAUUAGCUUUUAAAGGCAUGUCUGUAUCUCGCCCAAGUGCCGUGAUCGGCAAGUGUCGGAUGAUCCGCCACUCAAGAGACAAGAAAAAUGAACCUAAUCCUCAGAGGUUCGACCGAAUUGCACACACAAAGGAGACAAUGCUCUCCGACGGUUUGAACACACUCACCUACCUGGUGUUGGACGUGCAGAGAUACCCGUUGUAUACCAAAAUCACAGUGGACAUCGGGACACCGAGCUAGCAUUUUGGUGCAAUGAUAAGAGACCUGAAAAUGGCCAGGGACCUCUGCUGUGUGUCUCUGCCAAUCUCCUGGGCUGGUCCCUCUCAUUCUUACCAAUCAGAGUGAUAGACCCUCUCGGCUCAUCAUUCAGACGCCUUUCCAGACGACCAGGACGAGUGGGAUAUUCUGCCUCCAACUUGGCUCGGCAUGUGACUUCUUAGCCCCACGAGGUGUAUGUAAGCAUAGCAACUGUCAGCCUUUGGGGGGUUCUCAACAUGUUCACAGUGUCACCCCAAAGAAUCAGAGCUAUACACAGCCCCAAAUUUGGUGACUGUGGGACUCAUUCCCUGUGAAAAACUGCUAAUUUGUUGUGAUAUAGGUAAGAAUUUUGCUUUAAAUUGUGGUAUUAUUACUUUAUGAAAAAUUGGAGAGUGCUGCUGAAAUUGGAUUGGUGUGAUGUUUUUUCGGUGUCACAUUACAAAAAAAACCACACGAUUUCAACCAUUCUCAUUUUACCCCCUUCUCCCCACCCUCUUUCCGUGGUAUGCAACUGUUACAAUCACUGUGUGUGUGUGUGUGUGUGUCUUUCCUUAGCAAAAGAAUUUUAAAACUUGAGCCUUGGACCUUUCACCCUGCUAACAUGUAAAUUCCAAGGCGACUUUAGCCACCAGAGCAAAAGUCUUGGGUGUUCUCACAUUCAGUGGCCUUUCUCCAGAUUGUCUGAUUCCUGAAUGUAAAUCCUUUUUUUAAAUAGCAGUUUGUAGUAUUUUAAAGAAAGAACAAAUCAGGUUCUAAUUACGAGCUAGCUUGAUUUUGUGUUGAUCCAGAAUUGCAUAGUGUUUAGCCGUGGCAAUUUAUUUUUCUGAGCAUGCUAUAUAAACUUGAAUUUCCCAUGUAUUUUUAUUGUGGUGUUUUAAAUGUGGGGAGGGGACUGAGCAUUUUUUAAGGGAAAAAAUGAUGUAUGCUAUAGUGGCCCCACAUGGGCCUCUGAUGUAGCUGGCAGGCCAGGUUUUCUGAAGAGCAGAGUCAUCUUUGGGCCCCUUGAUGAGAGCUAGGCCUCCACAUCAGCACUACUGAGCUGGACUCCUGGGGGAGACAGAAGCCUCGGCCUGCCUGGCUGACCUCUCCACCUCCCUCCCCUCCCCCCGGUGGACAGGGCUGAGGGAACCCUCACCUCCUCAGACUGACCCCAAGACCUCCCGCUAGGGCCCUAGGCUGUGGAGCUGUAAAUGACAGCCAUGAGGUUGUUCACUGGCCCUUAGCCAAGGCAGGAGGAGGAAGCCUCCCUCUGGCCCCUGGGUGCUGCCUCCUGGGCUCUGAUGGCCACGCUGCCUGGCCCACCUUGCAGGACCGGUUCUCCUUCCUCUUUCUCCUUCCUCCCUUCUGCUGCCUCUCUCUUCCCUCCCUCCCCCUUUUUGUUCCUUUGCCUCUUGCCUGUUCCCUAAAACUGGCCUGUGGCGCUCAGGGUCAAACAUUCAUUCUCCAGCGUGAAUGUGCCUUUUCAUUAGAGAUCUAGAAAGAAGUUCGGCUGAAACCACCCACAGUCCCCCACGACCACUCUGGUGCCUAAAGCCUCCCAUUCCCCCUCAGGUUUUUAGCAGGUGCUCCCACUUCUGGGAGGCUGACCCACAGCGGUAUCUUCCCCAAGCCCACCUCUGCUGCCAGAGGUUUUAGCCGGCCUGGGUUGAGAUGCACAAGGCAGUUCCUGCCACUGGGUGCCCUUGCUGGGUCCAGCCUGGGCUGAGGGCUUAAAAUUCAGCUUUCUAACCUCAGAGUGGACCUUACAGCUGGUGGCAGCCUGGAAACCAGCCCUCAGUGUAGAGGCUGAGCUGAUGCCUGGCCCCAGUCUGAACCUGUGCCUUUAUCACUUUGAGCAUCUCAGAUGCUAAUGUGGUUCUUUUUCCAGAAGCCUUUGUAUUGGUUACAAAUUAUUUUCCACUGCAGAAGCAGCUGGGCUAUGCAAAGAGUGUUCCUUCUGUCAGUUCCCCACUCCUUAACAGUGAUGUUGAUAAAGCCAGGAAUGUACUGUCAGGGAGUUUUGGGAAGUGCAAAGAAUGAAGGCCUCUUUUUCUAUCCCCAGAUCCUGACUUUUCCAAAGUGCCUUAGAAGAGAGGAGACAAAUAUCCUGGGUGGUAACCUCUUUGUUACUUACUUUACUCUUAAAACAAAAUUCUGACUUUUUUUUCUUUUCCUAUUGCAUUUUCUUUCAUGUUCCAUUGUAAUAGUCAAGUAUGUGGUUCAUUCUCAGGACCAAGGGAAAUCCUGCUGCACCUCUUCCCCAUUUGCUGAUCUUCCGGUGCGCUAAUGGGGUCCCAAGGUUAGGCCUGGACCUUGCCUGGUUCAUGAGAUGCUGCAGGUCCUGUUUCCUCACUGGGGAGUUCAGGGCUGAGGGUUCAGGGACCAUUUCCUUCACCUGGAAGUUGUCACCAUGAAGUUGUCAUGUGCUGUGACUUUCUCUAUUUCUGUCCAUUCUGUUGCUGGUGACCCUGUAAAGUGGCCUUUGGGAAAGAUCGGAGGGCAGAGGUGGCAUAAGAGGGUAAAGGAAAUGCUGGUGCUGACUCAGCCUGGGCAGGAUCUCUGCUGACCUGAGGGCUGGAUGUGGGGCACCCCACACGGCUGGGAGGGGAGCGUCCACCCCACACGGCUGGGAGGGGAGCGUCCCUGUCCUAGAGACCUGUUGUGCUGUGUAUUUCGAUUUCCCGUGUAUGCAAAUAUAUGUAUUUACCAUUGUAAGUGGAGGAAUGUCUGACCUUGGUGUUCAAAACAGAACUGUAUUUUUGCCUUUAAAAGCCAGUAAUAUAACGUGAAUAAAUGACCCUAUCUUUGUAA